UUUACAAGGCAUUUGGGAUUCUGUCUGAGAGAAAACAAGACCGAGGGAGAGGAAUACGACGGCCAUUGUUGUUGAUCUUGGUGCAAAGAUGGGUCGUGCAAAGUUAAAGAUGGAACUCAUUGCAAAAGAGAAGACUCGAAACACUACAUACCAUAAAAGAAAACAAGGGAUCAUUAAAAAAGCUAAUGAGUUCUCCAUUCUUUGUGAUGUUGAUACAUCUAUCAUCAUCUUCCCUCCUGAUUCAAACGAGCCGGAGAUAUGGCCCGAAAACCCUGAUAAAAUCAAGAAAAAUAUCACUUCUUACAUGUUGAAAAAGGAUGAAACUGGAAAAAGAACCUAUGAUCUCCAAGAUUUCUAUGAAGACCGGAAGAAAAAGAUCGAAGACGAGCUCGUUAAGGCCCGGAAAAAGAACAUGGAAGCAAAAUACGCAACGUGGUUCGAUGAUCUUGAUAGGUUAAAUGAAAUGCAACUAAGACAGUUUGCUAUGCAGUUGGAAGAUAAGGAGAAUGUUGUAAGGGCUUAUCUUGAGUUGAAGAAAAGAAACAUGAACAAUAUUCAACUUCCCUUCAUGUUUGAUCCGAUGGUUCAUUAUAAUCAGGGUUUGGGUUCGCAUUCGGGUCUUGAUCAUGGCCAUGUGAUGAACCAUAUGAGUCUUGAUCAUGGUCAUGUGAUGAACCAUGAUGGUGGAUGGUUCGGUGAUGCAACGUUUACGCAGUUGAAGCGUGAACAGUUGGGGUUCGGUUAUUAUCCGGUGUUUGAUGGUGGUUUGGUGUAUGAUAACCCUAACAUGCAAUGGGGUUUGCAGCAACCGGUGGUGCAUGGUGGUGUGGGCGGUGUCAUGCAAGAUAAUCAUAAUGGUGUUGGUGAAUUUGUGAUGGAUGAUCAACGUAUUUUUUAUGGUUAACAUAUUUGCAUUUGUGUUUAGUUUAUGAACAUCUAUAAUAUUAUCAAGUUUUAAUCUUUGAUUA